GAGUGGCCCCUAAAGAAUACCUAUCCCUGCUAGCACUCAAGGACCAUGCUACCUGGCGAGAGCUCAUGAAGGACCUAGUCGACCUAGAGGCCAAGGACCUCGCCAGGCGCAAGAAGGCGCCGGCUGCAGGUGGGAAACCACAACGCAAGCGGUUUGGAGGCAGCAACCAGCUUGCACUGCAUGAUCAUCGGGAGGCUGACGAUCAGUCCUAUGCGGAUGAUCUGCCUCUAGAUGACGAUCUAGAGUCGGACUCCGAUACGGGCUGAUUGCUAUCGUCUUCAGGGAAACAGGCAAGGGGCGUAGAGGAGACAUCAACACUCUCUACAACAAGAGAAGCUGAGCAGUCAGUUGCAAGUCCCUCCGAGGAGCCUGGAUCUGAUCAGCAGCGUGCUCUUGAAGCCCAAACUAACGCUGAUUCAAAGGCUGAGACAGUCCAAGUGUUAUACAUUGAGCCUUGGGAGGAGUCUAAAGAGGUCGACCUCCACGCCCACAUGGAGCAUUUGCUGCAGCUCAAGCAGCAACGCCGUGUCCAAUGGAGCGUGGAACUGACUUUCUUUAAACUGCUCAUUAACCGCCGAUACAUCCGCGUGCUGAUUGACAGUGGUUCGACCACUAACUUCUUCUCUCCGAACGGGAUUCGUAAGGCGGGCCUGGGUAUAAAGCAAGUGGAACUGCAGAACCCUUGCCGGACUCAGGCGGGCAACCAAGAGGUUGUCACUUCCACUCAUGCUGUCAAAGGUGUGCGCAUCACCUUUGACAAAGACCGCACUAUCAUACACGAGCUGAAUUUUUAUGUCUUGGACAAGUGUCCUUUCGACGCGGUCAUUGGCUUGGGCUGGCUAAAGGCUCAUUGCCUAAGGACCACGUGGGCGGACAAUCAGUUCGUGGUACUUGAUGCCAAGGGGAACGAGCGUACCAUCUUACUAGAUGAGACGCGCGAGUCCCCUGUGACUCUUCUAAGUGCUAACAAAUUCUGCAGGUUUGUGGUUGUGUAUCUUGAUGACAUUCUGAUUUUCAGCAAGUCCAUGGAGGAGCACGUCAAGCAUAUUGAGGAGGUCUUGCAAGUCCUCAAAGAUGCUCAACUGCACCUCAACUUGGAAAAAUCUGAGUUUGGCAGGGACAGCGUUAUCUACGUUGGGCACCGAUUGUCUGCAAGCGGUCUUGAGUCGGAGGCAACCAAGGUUGAGGUCAUCCGCAAUUGGCCUCAACCGUAUUUGACUUGCCUUGUGGACUCGUACGACCUCCAGAGGAAACUGAAGGAGGAUCUGGUCGAGCACACUGCCAAGGAUCCGGACCUUAGUCCCAUCCUUGAGCAGCUCAAGGCUGACCCCAACAGUCAGCCUGAUUUUCAUGAAUGCGAGGGUCUGGUAUUUCAACGGUACGGAAAGUUUGACUGUUUGUGUGUACCCAACCAUGCGCCUCUCCGAACUCACUUCUUGGAUCUGGCGCACGGUCGGAGUGGACAUUUCGGCUUUGAGAAGACUUAUGGAAGUCUUCUGCAACAAUUUGACUGGCCAGGAAUGAAAGGAUCUGCUCAGAAAUUUAUUGUUGAAUGUCAAGUAUGCCAAAGGAUUAAGGUUCACAGGCAAAAGCCUUAUGGCCUGCUGAGACCUCUUCCCAUUCCGGAUGGACCCGGCGAGUCGAUUUCCAUCGACUUCACGGACAUGGGAAAGGUGAGUGAGGCUUGGAAUUCACAAGUCAUGGUCAUUGUGGACCGCCUCUCCAAAUUUCUGAACUUGAUUCCUCUCCCUCCUCACGCCCCGACUGAACUUGUCAUAGAAGAAUUCCAUCAGCAGUACAUUCUGCAGUCCGGCGUCCCAAAAACUAUUGUGAGUGAUCGGGACACCAGAUUCAUCAGCAAAGCUUGGAAAGACUUCACAUCUCAGAUCUACGACAUCAAACUGAACAGGACAUCUGGUCGUCACCCCGAAGCCAACGGAUUGGUUGAGGAGAUCAACCAAACUGUCAUUCAAUUGCUUCGCGCACUAAUUGUUCCAGAUCAGAACACGUGGGACAAGGAAUUGCACAAAGUGAAGGGGUUGUACAACAACUCCAUUCACUCUGCGACCGGUGUGACACCAAACCAAUUGCAGUAUGGAUGGCCGAUGCGUAAUCCCCUCUCCUAUAUGUUCCCUGAACGGUCACCUAGUCUGAUGCCCGGCAUGCCUGGCUACAAUGUCAAGUACGCACGCUUGCUCAAAGCUGCUAUAGCAGCUAUGAACAAGCGCCAGCAUGCCAUGAUCAAACAUGCCAAUAAGCAGCGCAAAGAAGAAAAGUUCAAAGUAGGGGAUUAUGUUUGGGUCAAAAUGUCUGAGUUUUCUGAUGAAGAGGGCAUAUCACGRAAGCUUYUUCCACURUACUACGGCCCUWGGCAGAUUCUGAAGGUAGUCGGGGAUGAUUUCGGUCCUUCGUAUGUGAUUGACGUGCCUCCUCAUCUGCGCACGUAUCCAGUCUUCCAUGCCUCCAAACUGUUCCCACACAUUGAUGAUGAGACUUUUCCCUUCCGUGAUCCUAUGAUACCUCACCCUAUUGACGGCGGUCAUGCGAUUGACAGAAUCGUUUCUCACGAGGGGAGAAGAAGGAACAGACAGUACAAAGUUCAUUUCCUCUACCGCCCGUUGAACGAAUUCUUUUGGAUCGACCGGAAAGAACUGAUAAAGAGUGCUCCACGUGUUGUGAACGCAUAUGAACGACAGAUUGUUGACGGACAAACCACUAAGUUUGCUGCAAAACUCACUUCGUUCGGACUCACUAACACUCUUUUUUUUAUCUAUGCCUAUGACGCCUUCUGUGCCGACUCUGACUGAGUUACGCGCUCGAAGGGACCUCGCUCUCGAGAGGGGAGUAAUGUAAUGACCCGCCCAAAACACAGAAUGAGAACACUGCUGAUUUAUGGGAUUUGCCAAUGGAAUGAAUGCCUUGCUGUGAU